AAAAGGCAGUCCCAGACAGUUUUGAAGUUUUCAGAGACUUUGCUCUGCUGAUAAGAAUUUGUGCUCAAAGCUGAGGAGCUAAGCCACCUGCCAAAAUGUGCAAAGGACUUGCAGCCUUGCCCCACUCGUGCCUGGAAAGGGCCAAGGAGAUCAAGCUCAAGUUGGGGAUUCUCCUCCAGAAGCCGGAGUCUGCUGUUGACCUUGUCAUUCCGUACAACAGCGAGAAGCCGGAGAAGCCAGCCAGGCCCCAGAGACCCUCACUGGAGGAGGUUCUGCAGUGGCGUGAGUCCCUGGAUAAACUCCUGGAGAACAACUAUGGACUUGCCAGCUUCAAAAGUUUCCUGAAGUCUGAAUUCAGUGAGGAAAACCUCGAGUUCUGGCUGGCCUGUGAGGAUUACAAGAAGAUCAAGUCCCCUGUCAAGAUGGCUGAGAAGGCAAAGAAAAUUUAUGAAGAAUUCAUCCAGACAGAGGCUCCUAAUGAGGUGAAUAUCGAUCACUUCACGAAGGACAUCACCAUGAAGAACCUGGUGGAACCUUCCCCAAGCAGCUUUGAUGUGGCCCAGAAAAGAAUCUAUGCCCUGAUGGAAAAGGAUUCACUGCCUCGCUUUGUGCGCUCUGAGUUUUAUCAGGAGCUCAUCAAGUAGCAAUUUAAUCAGGCUGUGAGAACCAUCCUGAGAGUUAUUUCUUCCGUAACAACCCUGUAUUGUCCAGCAACCCACUUAUCUUCCUAUAGCAGGCUUGCUCAAAGGUUCUCAAGCAGGGAAAAUCCCCGAGAGUGUUGCCUACUCUUUUGCCCACAUUGUUUUGGCCUGAAUGCCUUCCUUUUCCAGUUUCCUCUUCCUGCCCCCAUUCUUAAUUAACCUCUACUCUUGUAUGCUGUUGUGAAAUUCAGUCAGAAUGACAGAAAAACUCUACUUAAGGAAAUGUAAGACAAGAAUAUGAUAUCAUUGAAUGUGGGUCCGUUUGCUUUAGGUAACGGAUCUCCACCUAAAUUGGUGUGAAAAAGAAUGUGGAUGUGCAAAGACCAGUUUCAAGUGAGAUUAAUUGAUCUCACCUGUUGUUUUAAUUCUGAUCCAGAAGGUCACCCCUCUUAUUAUCUCUGAACUUCUUUAGUAAUAAAAGGUGGCAAGAAAAUUAUGAGGCAGGCAUUAUUUCAUUCUUUAAGCAAAUACAUUGUUUAAAAUGUUGAUCUUCCUCUGAGAGCAUCCAUGUGCUAACUGAAGAUUAUAAACAAAAGAUACAGCCAUGAAUAUGUUGUAUUUUCACAAAAUCCAUCUGAACACAAUCCAUAUGGCCUCUUUCCCUGUACUUCCCUCAUACCCUCCCACCUAUAAAGUUAUUAAAUUCUGUAUUAAAUCAAUGACCUGAGAUUGACAGUGGACUACCGUAUAAAUGUAUCUAUGACUCUAGUCUAUAGGACAAAAAUUUCAAUUUCCAAAGUAUUUUAAAUGUCACCUGAGUAUAAAAUUCCAAAAAUUUAAACUCCAAUCUUGUAAAAUAAAACAGUUGCUGCUCAUUGCAGCAGUCUUCCCACCUUAAUAUCAAGAGGGCUGUACGCUACGAUGGGAAAAUUUUUGUCAAGCCUAAACUGGUUAGUUCUCCUAGGAUCUGUUUGUUUAGUAAAUGACAAUUAUAUUCAAACAAUCAUGUUAUCUUUCAAAAAAUCAAUUUGAUUAAAUGCAGAGGACUGCUAAGUGACAUAAGUACCCUGCAUCUUGAAAAAUAAUGUGAUCUUUUAGCAACACCUCACUUCCCUUCCUUUUGGCUCACUGCAUUUAGUGAAUUGUAUUUAUAGUCAAAGUGCACGUUUAGACUCCUAACAUGCCUUACACACCACCAAUUGAUAGACCAUGAUAUUUUUUAGUAGGUUUAAACAUUUAAUUCUGUAUUGCAUUAUUAUAAGUCUUGCUAAAAUUUUUUUCUAAUCUUUAGUAGAUUUGGUUAAGUAAUGAUUUACAUAAUCUAGUCAUAGACUCUAACUCUGUAUGAAUAUAACCAAGGUGAGGAUAUUGAGUUAAUUAAAAAAGUAUUUUUCAAAGGAUUAAUAAAAAUCUGAAAUGUUCAAGUAGAAGAUUACAUUUGCUUAGUCUUGUAUCUCCUUUUGUUUUUCUUUUUUCAUUUGCACAUUGCUAGCUUCACAUUUGUAGCCCAUUUAUUCAGUUAUUCCUUAAGAAUAUUGAAAGUGAGCGACCAUAUUACUGUACUCUUUGAGUAAACACUGUUCAUGUUUGUUGGAUUUUCCUCGUUUUUGUUAUUUCCAAAGAUAACACGCCCUUCCUGAAUACUUGCCGUUUCAAAUUCCGAAAAUGGGUUGGAGUGACUGGGUCUACGGCCAACUCUUGCUGGUAUGGUGUGAGUUCAUUUAUAUUUGUUAAUAUUGCUCACUUCAAAGAAACUCUGUCAUUAAGCAGUCGACAGCUAGGCUGGAUCAACAUUGGGAGCAUGAAACAGAAGUUCCCAUCAUGUCCAUAUGUGCAGGAGUGACAAGCAACUCACACCUAGAAUUCCCGGCACCAUCUUCCUCACCAUCUGUCUUUGCUGCCCCAGAUCAGAAUGAAAUCACCAGUCCUUUACGUGCUAAGGCAGCUAGAAAAUGUAAGAACCGAAGAAUUUAGGUGAGUUAUUUUUUUUCUUGAAUGACAAAACAUUUUUAAGAGAAAUUUUGAUGUCAUUACAAUUUCAAAUACCUUAUUCUUUUUAUUUGAAAUAGCCAAAUGUUUGAAAAUACCCAGAGAUUUAUCUAGAGAUCACAGAGUUCACCAAGACAGUCGAUGUUUCAAAGACUCAGACUUACCGCAUUCACAAAUUGACUGCACAACCUUGAGUGGGUAGACUUGUGGGUGGAGGAUAAGAAGGACCUUCACCUUUUCAUGAGCUGAACCCAGGAAGCAGAGGGCAGGAAGAGCACCAGGAGGGCAGUGUCAUGAAGGCUGCAAGAAGAAGGAAGGCCUUGCAGUCCACCAGUGAUAUGUAACAUAAGUAUGUGUGAUUUUAAAUUUAAAGCAGUGCACAGACAGGCACAUACACAUUAGAAACUCUUCUAAAUAAUAAAAUUAAAAGGAAUACAAAUAUCACAGCCUAAAAUGUGAAAGCAAAGCAAACGUAUGAAAAUUGCCCUAGAAAAUUCUUUGAAAUCUUUUUGAAACUGUUUUUAAACUUAAGGGGGAAGAAAACCACAACUGUGUUACUGGAAGUUUCCAUGGUAACACGAAUAAAAUAACAUUGUUUUAAAUUUGGGGGAAUUAAGAAAACUGGGAUGAUUGUACCAGGAAAAAAAAUGUGUAACGUCUGUUUAUCACUCCCUUUGCCUCCUCCCCUUCCUCCCCACUCUCCCUGGAGUAAAUUGCCGGGGAAAGUAUGGAACUCAAUGCAGGAGCCCUGUGGUGCUGCUUUCCUCCCUGUGAAAAUGUAACACAGUCCUAAGUGCAUCUGGGAUGUAGAGAGGUGGUCAAUGCGAACAGGAGUAUAUGUGUCUCAUUCUUGAGAGAAACCUAAGAUUAAGCAGGCCCGGGGAUGGCCAUAACCUGACUUUUUCUGCCUGGGUUUGAUGUAGUUUGUGGUUAGCGUCAGAUUAGGAUCUAAACUGGACCAGAACAAAGAGAUAGACUAUUGAGUCUAGAGUAAAUUAGGAGGCUGUGUUCAUGUUUAUCUGCUAAAGUAGUGCUUGUUCGUGUGAACAACCCCCAACACACACACACACACACACACACACACACACACACACACACACACACAGAGACACACACACACAAUUUUCUUUCUCCCAGAUAAACACCUUCUGAAAUGCAGAAGUAACUGAGGCAUUUCCGUAGCUUUGCUUUCAAAUCAAAUGCAUGAAAGUAUUUUGUGCGCUGCUCCCCAUAUCACCUUGUGGACUCUUAAUUCUCUGCUGUAUAAAUUAUGCUUUAAGCAGACUUCAGUUUCUAGUACAUAAAGAGAAGAACUUGAUAAAGAAAUUGUUUUUAUUUUUAUCCUCUGCAAAGUCAUGGAAUUUGCUCGGUUGAUGUGUUCUCUUUACACAUUCCCUUUCGAUAGAGCGAAGUUAUUCUUUCUCAAAGAAUAAUAGAUGUCCAGAAGUUUCGACAAAAACUUGUCAGGCUAUCUGUCCCAUCACAAAUUUGAAAAUUUGAGAUUCAUUUCAAAGGCGAUUUAUAUUUCAGGGAAAUGAUUUUUACCCCUGAAAUCAUUCCUUCUAGCAGGCCAUUUACUUUGUUUCCUGGUAAUUUAGCAGGUUUGGAGAAAAAGGACCAUGAGAAAAGAAGGGGGGAAAGAAGGGAAGGGAAGUGGUGAGGAAGUUAAGUGCUCAGGCCUAUCAAGUGUGUCCAUUCACUAGGAAAUGUCUAAGAGCAGCUCCACUUAAUUGAAAAUCACGUUGCUUCUUGCUGUCACCAUCAAGAUUUGCAGGAAUGCAUUUCUUGAUUAUCAAUGCAGCUAGAUGUGAAACCUCAUUUUAAAAUCCUAAGGAGUCUUGAUUAGAUAAAAGAACAAAUAUAGAGGGUUUACUUUCCCUGGUCAGCUUGCAUUCCACAGAGCAGAGCAUGGAGAACUCAGUUUCUAACAUCUAAGCAUCCAAACCCAAGGGCCAGGCAACUCUCUGUAGCUUCUGGACGUGACAUCUUAAUGCAUAUUGGCAUAUCCUGUCCAAAUUGUCAUUAGAACUUUCUGGUUUUCUAGUCUCUCCAUUCUAUGAGAAGAGUGUGUGUUUAAUAUUUGCUUGUGACAAGGCUCUUUGGUUAAUAAUUUAGAACUGCUAUUUCUGUUAAAUGUAUUUUCACCCAAAUAGGUCAUGUGGCUGACCGGAGCAAUAAUCCAAAGAAAGGCUUUCCCUCUCAGCAUCUUCGAGCUGUAAAAAUCAACUGUUCUGCGUGAGGAGACAUUCUUAACUUUGAAUGGAAACUUGUAGCAAAGAGUGAAGGGCAAAAAAGAAACAAAAACUUGGGAAUAUUUUCCUCACCUCACAAUUUAACAAUAAUCUUCUAACCUUUUUUAUUAGUUGAGAAGCUACAAAUCCAACUCAACAUUCAUAUUCAGUUUAAUAAGUCUCUUGUUUUCUCACCUGAGAUAUUUUUCCUUUCUGCCUCACACCUAUACCUCCAUUUCUCUUCUCCAUCUGCAUGAGGAUACAUUUAAAAUAGUUGAGUCUAAUCACAGUUAUGUAAUAAUGAAUACAGUUUAAAAUAUUUAACUUCGCAGCUAGGAAAAUGUCUAAACUAAGCCAUAACAAAGUAACAGGAAGAUCUGAAAAUUUUUCUGAUGGAGAGAAGUAAUCUGGAUAAUUGCUGCCAAAAGUAAUUUCAUAUGAUAUAGUAUUAGAUUUGGGGGGGGGGACUAAAUUUUUUUUAAAUGCUACAGCUUGCAACUCAUCUUCAGGAGAUCAGCUCAGAGAAAGGAGUGGAAAUGGAAGGUUGGGCAAUCCAUUUGUCAGCAUGUACCCUGUAUGGUUUUCAUUUAGGAACAACUUUGUUUAUCUUCUGAUUUUGUAUCCAAUACGUUGUAUGCUAUGUAACUCAUACUUCUUGAUAAAGCACCGAAUAUGUAUCUGUAACCACAAGCACGUAUAUUAUAUUAAACAUAUAUCUAGAUAACAA